UUUCUUUAUUUUCAAUUGAGAAAGAAAGAAACUUUGAUUUUUCCAUCUUUUCUUUUUAGUAAAUUACAGGAAGAGGACGGGGGAAGAAGAACAAGACGGAGUCCUUUUCUAGGGUUUUCCGACGGAUCCUUUACGCCUCAACGAAUAUCCUAUGAACUUGAAGGGAGCACCACCGAAUCGGCGGGAUCUUGAUCUGUAAUUGCCAUCGCUAUUGGAGUCAAGAAAUCACCUCAACCAACCUACGCGAAAUCAUGGAUUCCCUAUCUUCUAACUCUCACGGAAAUCUGGACGAGCAGAUUUCCCAGCUCAUGCAGUGCAAGCCCUUGAACGAGCAGGAGGUAAGAGUAUUGUGUGACAAAGCCAAGGAGAUACUUAUGGACGAGAGCAAUGUUCAGCCUGUUAAAAGUCCGGUAACAAUAUGUGGUGAUAUUCACGGGCAAUUUCAUGAUCUUGCAGAACUUUUUCGCAUUGGAGGGAAGUGUCCAGAUACAAAUUACCUUUUUAUGGGAGAUUAUGUUGAUCGUGGCUACUACUCAGUUGAAACUGUUACACUUUUAGUGGCCCUUAAAGUCCGAUAUCCUCAACGCAUCACAAUUCUUAGAGGAAAUCAUGAAAGUCGUCAGAUUACACAAGUUUAUGGGUUCUAUGACGAAUGCUUAAGAAAGUAUGGCAAUGCUAAUGUUUGGAAGAUUUUUACUGACCUGUUUGACUAUUUUCCACUGACAGCACUGGUGGAAUCAGAAAUAUUCUGUCUGCAUGGUGGUUUGUCGCCAUCUAUUGAAACCCUCGACAAUAUACGGAAUUUUGAUCGUGUUCAAGAAGUUCCUCAUGAAGGUCCCAUGUGUGAUCUCUUAUGGUCUGACCCAGAUGAUCGAUGUGGGUGGGGAAUUUCUCCCAGAGGUGCUGGAUAUACCUUUGGUCAGGACAUAUCUGAGCAGUUUAACCAUAGUAAUAAUUUAAAGUUGAUUGCAAGAGCACAUCAGCUAGUGAUGGAAGGAUAUAACUGGAGUCAUGAACAAAAGGUUGUGACUAUAUUUAGUGCACCUAAUUAUUGUUAUCGCUGUGGAAAUAUGGCAUCAAUUCUGGAAGUUGAUGACUGCAAAGCGCACACUUUCAUUCAGUUCGAACCAGCUCCAAGGAGGGGUGAACCGGAUGUUACUCGAAGAACUCCUGACUACUUUUUAUGAUGCGCCUAUUGUCAGAUGAAAAUUUCUAGCCGCAGGUGUUUCCAAACAUAUGUUUUGGCUGUUUUUACAUUGGAGAAUUUUAGUUUUCCCUAUGGUGGCGGUGGUGGUGGGGAAAGACAAAAGCAUGUAAAUUUCGAUAGGUUGCUUUCAGGAUGGUGGAGUCCAUCCUUGCAAAUCUCAAGGUUUUGCUGAAGGAAGCUAUAGGGCUGGCGACUUGUUAACUGCAUAUGUAACAUCUCCAAAGAACAAUGUAUUGUUGCAUCCCUUUCUUUCUUUCUUCCUUUUCUUUUCUUUUUUUUGUUAUUUUUUUCUUUUUAGUAAUUUGUUUCAUGCAAUUUUCCUAUCCUUUGGUUCACGGGGUCUCUGUGCUUUUCUGUUUUAACUAUUUUGUAGGAUGCUUUUGUUUUAGUUUUCUUUUUGGGGGUUUACAGAUGGACCAUCACUUUAAUUUUUACUUCAAUGAGUGUCUUUAUUAUUCUUUUUCA